UGCGAUCGACCUCACUCCGCCACAGGCGAAGGCAGGCACUGAAGGACACGGUCACCCAUCACAGACUCUGCCGGACUGCGGGACAGGAUCGCUGUGACCGCCUCCACAGAUGUCAGUGUGGCAAGUGGCCACGCCCUCGCCAUGGACGACUUUGACUACAGCGUUCAGAUCUCGGAGCGCGACUGGGACCUCUUCUUCCAGGAGUGCGAGGAAUGCGACCUGCUGCCCCCCGCCGUGGCGGGACCGGACGACUCGGGCACCAGCGACGCUGACGAUGGCGCGUCCUCCCGCUCGCGCCCCGUUGAGGAGGGGGACUCCCCCGAACACGACUGGUCCAUCGACGAGCCCCCCGAACGCACGGGCCUGCCUGUGGAACGCUACCUCAGCGCGCGUCGCCAUCCUGGUCCCGAGGACCUUCUUUCCUGCAGUGAGGAGGACACCCACCUGGAGUCCAUAAACGUGUUCUUUGAGAGGCUCAGGAGCAUCGAAGCGGGAGGGGGUGGGAGCUUUCUUGCAGAAGCUAAGCCUAAAGAGACAUGGCAGGAGGUCUGUGACCUUGAGGAACCUGCCAAGGAGCUUGGCAAUCAGCCACAGCUCUCUCAGGCAAAGUCCCAGAGUGACAGCUCAGCUCUUAGCUUUAGCCUAACAGCCAAAGAGGACAAAGUUGGCGGCGCCAUUUCAACCGGAAGAGGAGAAAAGGAUCUCGACAGAGCUGGAAAGUCAAUAGAACUUGAAUCAGAGGAAGAUGACGUGCUCGGACUGGCUGAGCCCACUGUAGAACUGUUUAUCAGGGAGGAGGACUGGGCUGUGAAUGAGAAGUGGGUGCAGGAAAAGGAAGGUGACCUCACAAAAGACGAAUUACUGAAGGCCGCACCAUCAUGCUCAACAAGCAGCAAUGAUGAGUUUGGACUCAGUAGAAAGCCUACUGUGGAAGAAUUACAGCCUUCAGGACUCAAUGACAUGAAUGGCACAGAGCCCAGGGCUGGUGAGGGCACAAUGACAAGUCAAAGUCAGGCAUUUCUGAAGGAGGCCACUUCAUUGGAUGGUCACCAAGUGGAAUUACAAACUGAUCCAGAGGCAGUGCUCUGCGUGGACACGGCUGCUGGAGCUGAGAACCACACCGUAAAAUCAGAAAAUGAACAAAAAGAACACAUGUUUGUCUCUGCGGGGGUUGGCCGGGACAGCGCCAGCUCCCCUUCGGUGAAGAAAAAGAGGAAACGGGCAAGGGGCAGUGGUGCCCCUCUCGUGGCGGGACAGGCCUCUGAGGGCCUCAGAGGAAGAACCGAGAGCGAGAAGCAAGUGGAAAUGUUUGAACAGGGAGCUGCGGGGCAGGGAGCGGUUGUGUCAUGGCAUGACAGUAGAGCUUGUGCGGACAAGGCCGGGAGUAAGCGCAAGAGCGUUUCUGCGCACCAAAUGACUCAAAGUUUCGGGACAGUUCCCAGAAGCAGCGAGCUUCUGUCAAAGGGGCGUAGCGUCAAAGAAUAUGGGGCCGAAUCGAAAGCAGCCGGACACAAUCGCGACUUUGAAGAGCCAGUCAUGAGGCCCAAAGAACGUAGCAAAGAGAACAUUCCAAACUCUACGAAUCAGCCACACAUGUGA